GUAUCAGGAGCUGCACGUAGUCAAACCACAGAGUGCUGAGACAUCAACAGCUUCAGACCCACCAGCCAGGGGAAAGGCUCUGCUGUGCAAUGAUGGAGCAGGUGACUCCAAGCCCCAUCUCAACAGAGCUGAUGGCCACCACUGACUUCUACCCCUGGAAGGAUGAGUACUCAGGUGAAGCCAGCGAGUUGCCUGAGCUCUGUGAGAAGCAGGCAGUGCAGGGCUUUGCCCGCACCUUCCAGCCUGCCGUGUACCUGCUGCUCUCACUGCUGGGCACCGUGGGGAACGGGCUGGUGCUGCUCACACACACCCGCUACCGCCAGGCACACAGCGUCACCGAUGUCUGCCUCCUGCACCUCGCUCUGUCCAACCUCCUGCUGCUCCUGACGCUGCCCUUCGCCAUCACCGACACGCUGCAGGGCUGGUCCACGGGCACAGCCGCCUGCAAGGCGCUGCAGGGCCUCUAUGCCCUCAACUUCUACAGCGGCUUCCUCUUCCUCACCUGCAUCAGCGUGGACCGCUACGUGGCCAUCGUGCAGGUGCCGGCCGCCUACCGCCUGCGCCCGCGGGCUCGCCGGCACGGCUGGCUGACAGCGGGGCUGGCCUGGCUGCUGGCCGUGCUGCUGGCACUGCCCCAGUUCAUCUACAGCCAGGCAGGGCAGCACCAGGAUCUCCGGUUCUGCCACGUCGUCUUCCCCCGCGUGGUCUCACGGGCAGCCCGGGGUGCCACCAACCUGGUGCAGGUGGUGCUUGGCUUCGCGGUGCCCUUCGUGGUGAUGGCGAGCUGCUACGCUGCUGUGGCACGGACGCUGCUGGCGGCCCGCGGUGCGCAGCCCCAGCGGGCGCUGCGAGUGCUGCUGGCCCUGGUGCUGGUGUUCGUGGCCCUGCAGCUGCCCCACAGCGUGAUGGUGCUGCUGGACGCGGCCGAGCUGCUGGCCAGCUGGGAGAUGAGCUGCGCGCAGAGCCGCCGCAAGGACCUGGCGCUGCUGGUCACCGGCGCGCUGGCGUACCUGCGCUGCUGCCUCAACCCGCUGCUCUACGCCUUCCUCGGCCAGCGCUUCCGCCGGGAGCUGUGGCUGCUCGCCAGCCACGCCGGCUGUGUGGGGUCGCUCGACCCGCGCUGCUCCGGCUGCUCCGGUCCCCGCCGGCGGGCAUCGCUCUCCAGCUUCUUGGACGUGGUGUAGGAGCACAGUGCCUGCGGCCGGGGCAGGGACAGCGCCGCGGGGUUCGGGCCCUCCGCGGCUCCCCGGGGACAGCCCCGCCCGUGCACGGAGCUGCUUCACUGAGAGCUGGACACGGGCAGCACCAGACAACCCGCACGGCGCCUGCACACGCCCGGGCAGAGGGAAGAGCAGCCCCGCAGCGCCUGCGUGCCCUGCGAGUGCCUUCCCUGCCCGGCGACCCGCCGGACUGCGGUCCCCGCAAUGUCACGCGUGUUUCAGGUACCCUGCAAUGUCACCCGCGCCGCGGGCGUUUCACGUGCUCUGGGGUCCGGGCGGUGCCGGUGAGCCGGUGCAACACCGGGGCCAGGCAGGUACUGAUUCCCACUGUCACAAUAAAUCCCGAACGAGUCCCGGUGGGCGAGCGCAGUCUCUGUGCGGGGCGAUGCUGCCCGGGGGGGUUGUGGAGCCAGGGGCGGCUCCUUGGCCACCGGCACUGGCGGGCGAUGCCUGCAGGAGGCAGCAGAAGCUCGCCCUUCCUGGCCGCUCUCCGCUCGUCCCCACCGCUGCAGGGACAGGGAGCCCUCAGACAGGGGACAGCAGAGAACCCCCGGAAAAACCCUCCUUGGGUCCCGCACCCCAGGGUGGGGGCAGAGGGACGUCUGUCUCCCCUCCUUCCUCCCCCCACGAGCUCCUCCGG